CCAGUGUUCAUCUGUAAAGCCUCAAGAUAGAGCGUUACGGUACCAAUCUCUCCCAUGUCUGGUUCACUGUCCAGCUCAAUCAUGGACCACAAUGCAACCAAUUCAACUGAAGGAUCUUUUGGCUUGACUGAAAUGCCAGCUCGUCCGUUCUUCUUAUGUUUAUACACAGUGAUUUUUCUGGCAAGCCUGGUGCUCAACAGCAUUACAAUAUAUGUGUACUUUUGUAAAUCUAUAAAUCAGUCCAGCAUCACAAUCUAUAUAAAGAAUCUGGCUAUAGCAGACUUGUUUGUGUGCCUGUGUUUGAUAUUACGCAUUGCUAAAUAUGCUAGCACGUCAAUGGAAAUUCAGCGUAUCUACUGUAACUUUGGUGCUCCCACUUCCUACCUGAACAUGUACUCCAGUAUUCUCUUCAUGGGCUACAUCGCUGCAAACAGGUACAUGAAGAUUGCACGACCACUGGAGACCCACAUGCUGCAAACAGUCCGUUCGACCCGCUACAUCUGCAUUGUGACCUGGGCCGUCCUUUUGUGCUUUAAUUGUGCCUACAUUGUUGCGUUUGUCAGUGCUGAUAAACAAACCUUUGCCCACAGUGGUUUUGACUGUGACAGCUUUCAUAACGACUUAGUCAAACAGAUUUACUUGACCUUGCAGAUGACUUCCUUUUCAAUGUUUUUGUUUGUGCUGGUAUCCCUGAUUGUGUUUUACUGGCUGAACGUACAGAAGCUUCGUCAAGCGCAGCGCACGAUGCCGGAUCAGCCUGGUAACACUAAGCUCAGCAAGUCAAAGCGCAACAUGCGAGUUUUGGUGGGGAUUUUCUGCGUGUGUUUUGUGCCGUAUCAUCUGGUGAGACUGCCAUACAUGUUCAUCAAACCCCUGCUGCACGACUGCACAGCAGAGCAGGUUUUCUACAUCCUGAAGGAGCUGACCGUCCUGCUCGCAAUACUAAAUGCCUGUUUGGAUCCACUUAUUUACUUUGUCUUUUGCAAGACCUUCAGAGCACAGCUUAACCUUCAAAGAUUUCGUCGAUCUGAAUGAGAUAUAAAGCUCUGGGUUAAAAGUAAAUAUUAAGUUGAAUUACUGGGAUUCUGACAUCAUUUGCUCAGAGCUAAUAAUAAUAAAUUAAUAAUAAUAAUAAAUUAAUUAAUUAACCUUUCAGACAACUGGUAAAUGUUGGUUAAUUUUAUCAGGUGUUUAUUUUGUAAAUGUUCACAUGUUCUUUUUAUACAUAUUUGAAUGUAUUUGUAAAAAUAACAAAGUAUUUAAAUUUAAAGUUACUUUAAAUUAUAGUGUUUACAGCAAACAGGAGCUAAUUUACAUAAGCCUAUGGAACUUUAAGUUAAAAUCGGUUGGUAUUGUACAUAUUGUGAGCAUUCUUUCUGAAUAAAAGUGUUAAUUGUUAUUUCAUAUAUAAUAUAGAUUUGUCCUAUUGUCUCAUACUUGAUGUAACUCUCACACCAUUCAUUGUAGCAUCAUUCAUUCUUCUGUAUACUUGUGUAUGGAUGUGCUGACAAUAAAGCUCUUUUGAAUUUA